GGGAAAUGCGAACCGGAGCAGGAAGUUGGAAUUGGAAGCCUAUACAAACACGAAUUUUUACCUCCUGGAAAUUCAUCGGAGGCCCAGCGGCACAAUCCAUCGUAUCCAUUUUAUGACGAGGUCAGAGAACCUAUCUCGAAGAAAGCCUUCUUCUUCUUCAUCAUCCUCUUCGUCUACGCCAAGCUCCGGAACAAGCCGGAUUGUUUACAGGGAAAGUAGGAGGUCCUCCGAAUCUGAAUUUCCCUUCUGGCAGCAGAAUUGGUUCAUCGUAUUGCUCUUCGUCAUGGCUCUCGGAUUUUUCGCCCUUGCCCUUUUCCUCUUCCUCAGCCUUGAUUCAGACAACGGUCCUUCUUCCACGGCAUCAGCAGCUUCCUCUGAAGGCGUCGAGGUGCAAAUUACUUAUGGGACAGUUUUGAAGCUGAUGCAUGAGAGGAGCAAAUUUCGGUUGCAUUCUCAUGACGUACCAUAUGGUUCUGGCAGUGGACAACAAUCAGUUACCGGUUUUCAAGGUGUUGACGAUGGUAAUAGUUACUGGGUCGUUAGACCUCAGCCUGGAACUUCUGCCAAACAAGGCGACACAAUUAAAAGUGGAACAAUCAUUAGAUUGCAGCAUAUGAGGACAAGGAGGUGGCUGCACAGCCAUCUGCACGCAUCCCCAAUUAGUGGCAAUCUUGAGGUGAGUUGCUUUGGAGGAGACUCUGAAUCUGACACACGGGACUAUUGGAGGCUACUAAUAGAGGGAAGUGGAAAGACUUGGAAGCAAGACCAGAGGAUUCGACUUCAGCAUGUCGACACUGGAGGUUAUUUGCACAGUCAUGAUAAGAAAUACUCUCGGAUUGCUGGGGGACAGCAGGAGGUCUGUGGUGUCCGGGAAAAGCGUGCUGAUAACGUGUGGCUGGCAGCAGAAGGCGUGUACCUUCCGGUUACUGAAAGCAAAUGAAGUUGAUCACCAUCACCAUAACAAUACUCUCAUUGUUAUGCAAUUAGUAUCAAUACUUGGUAGCAUGUAGAAACGAGUGCGGCACAUUUUUUUGAUUUUAGGGGUUUAGCGUACUCUGUCGGACAAGUAAUACAUAGGGCAGGCGUUUGCCUUUUGAAUGAAGAAUACAUGUGCCAUGAGCAGUUUUACACUUUUUUUAGUAACUGUUCAUCAGCUUUAA